AGGUUUGAUAUCGGAAAUGAUGAGCAGAAGAAAAUGACCCCACCAAGUCCCGUAGCCGCUUUCGCUUUUAUUUUGCCUUUGUUAAGAUUUUUAUUUUGCGGAUGACUCCGCUUUUCGAGCAGAUCCUGGUUGUUUGGGGACAGCAUUCUUCACGUCGAAGCCUUGUCAAGCUCUUCUGCAUAGUGGUCUUCUCUCGAGGUGAAAAUCCAUCAACCGUGCAGCGUGUUUGCAGAAACUGGUGCAUCUUGUUUAGGAAAGUCUAGUCUCAAACAGCUUGGCCUGCAGCCACAGUGACGGUAAGAAUUGAGUACAAGUAGCUCGAGUAGUUCCCACUUGGAGAGCCGGUCAAGAAACGGUCUGCUACGAAAAUCGCCGGUGUGAAUGAUCCCACGAAUCAUCUGAAGUCAUUAUCUGUGACUAAUUGAUGAAUCGGCUGCUAGGGCAUAUGGCUUCAGCUUGCCCUGGUUGCCUGUAUUUUACUCUCAGCAGCAGCUUACUCGUAUGAUCUCGCUUGGUCAGGGUUCUUACUCGCCGGGGAGCAGGACAGGGCUGCGGUACUGGUAGCUAGUCUACCGUGCAUGAUUUUGCCCUCUUCAGCUGCACAGGAUAGGACGUGCGCUGUACGGUGAACAUGUGCAUGCUCGAUGGAAGGGAAGUGGCAUGGGCAAGGGGCAAGGUCGCAUCCAAUCUCUGCAAUCUCAGAGAGAAAAGCCUUGAUCGGGGCGGGAGGCUUGGGUGGAGAAGCAGUAGGGCAGGCCGCAGGACAGGGCAGGAUCUCUCAGUAGUAGUCGGCUUCGGCGUGGAGCAAAGAUGGGGCGACACGGCCGUGUGAGCCAAUCCGACAUUUUCAGAGCCCCGGAGAAAAUUGGAACUGGGAAUUCAUACCAGAGAUCGGAUUUGCCUCUCCCUCUUGCCUCUGCUUCUAACCUACUUUACUUUUUUCGUGGUCCCGCCGUGUUGCCCUGCCUUUGUCCUAGAAAGUAAAAGUACCGAUGCAAAAAGUGGCUCUUCCCCAGUCGCGAACCUAGGUGCUGGUGCUGGUGCAGUCUAUCAUCCUUCGGUCCUGGUGUGGUUUGGUGCUGUUCCUGUGGUCGUCCAGCGUUAAGUAAGCCGCGGCUCCCGUAGUACUGUAUCUGCGGAACAACUACGGCUAGUCGCCAAAACAAGCACUGCGCUGCACUGCGCUGCACUGCACCUUCACACUGAGAGUCCUUCAACCUCAACUUCCAAGCCUCUCUUCCAACCUUCCAAUUCCAAACACCACACCACACCACACCACACCGCACCACCAACGCACCUCCCCUCCCCUCCCCUCCACGGCUCGACAGCAAUUACGCGAAUGAGGCCGUCACGACAUCUCACGACCACCGUUACGAAUCGAAAUUUUGCCCUCAAUCGGAGCCAACAAUAGGGGAAAGGGUCAACUGUUCGAGACGCUGAGGUCCCCAUCAGCAGCAUCCUUCCGCUGACUCGGACGUCCCUCUGGGUCAGCAUAGUCGCAUGCCUCGUGGAGCGGCCACAAGCAAGCGACAGCCAGGUGCUGCGAAUCAACGGGAUACACGGCAUGAGAACGGUCUUGUAGGGCCGGGGAAGAGAGUGCAGAAGCAGAAGAGCAAUGGUCAACUUAAUGGCCAUGCAAAGUCUAUUGAGAGCAACUCCUCGACACCGCCCUUGCCUGGAACCCCUCCUCCGUCGAAUGGACAUGCGCGGCGCCCAGUACCUGGCGACAACAUGGCAGAAAACAAGAUGCUAGCGGAGAUCUCGAGGAGGCCGUCUGUUGAUGGCUCUUCUGACUCGGCCUCUGAUGUGUUCCAAAACGCAUCCGGGACCCCCGCCUCUCUCGAGCACCACCGCCAGAUAAACGUCAAUGCUGCCAAAAAUCCUGCCGUUCAUCACGAUACCUUGUCGUUCGCCCUCACUGUUUUGUGGUCCUGCCCGCUUUGGGAUACCCUCGCCAUUCUCAUCGUUCUCCUCCAAAUCCCACCCACAUUCCUCUCAAUCAUCCACCUCCUUUUCGCUACCUUGACCUUCGUCCCUCCCUCGACCACGGCCACUUCUGGAUUAAGCUUCACGGAUAUCCUCCAAGGAACAUUGGGUACACCCUCUGUGGGCACGAUCUUCCUGAUAGAUGUGAUUGUCUUAAUGGUGUGGUUAUUUUUAUGGAGUCCACUUCAGGAUAUUGCGUUGGACUUGGCCCAAACUGUCAUUGCUCUAACGCUUGGGGGUGGAACUAGUGGGAAAGGAGCGGGUAUGAAAAAUGUGUUAUGGUGUUUUAGUGUAAUUGGGAUAUCGCACUACUUUCGUGGGAAUACGAUUCAACACUCCGGUCUACGAGCUAUUAUUGGCUCGAGCGGGUUUCUUGCAUCGCCAGAUCCUGACGAUCCGCUGGAGCCGCGUUCGGGCAAUAGUAGUAGCAAAAGGCAUGGUUUGAUUCGAAGCAUUUUAGCGAUACAUAUUCUUACGCAGGGGGUGGUACGGUAUAUACGAGAUUGGUACGUGAGGAGGGAGAAAAGAGACAAUUCAGCGUCAAUAGGCGAUCCAGAGGCUGGGAAAGUCCUGGACGCCUGUAGCGAUUCCACAGCAACGCAGACACAGGAGAAUGAUUCUUCAGCUUCGGUGGCGGUUGGAAUUCCAGCCGCUACAUUCAAGAAGAAGAAGAAGCAAAGCGCACAAGUCCGCAUUCGACAACCUUUAUGGGCAGCUUUGGCAAGCACCAAAAUCGUCAUGGUGAAAGAGUACGAAACAUCGCACACAGCAUCUGAGUCCGCAGGCGCCAACACGACUGGGGCGAAUGAUCUAGGAAAUGCGCCCUUCAACUCCGAAGCGGAUCGGAUAUGGAUAACGUCAAUAGGGUCUGAUGAGGUUUCUUUCAGCACCAGCUUCUUUCCAAUUCACAAGACCCGGGAGUGUAGGGAGGACAACAAGGGGUUGAAUUCUUCCGGAAUAGACACCUCAAAACCGUUCUACGUCAAAAUCAACCACGCCACAUGGCAGCCGACUCGCAUCAACUCCACGGCCGAGAUCGAGCAAACUCCAGGACAGCAGACUCGUUGGUCAGGAGUGAUUGUAGGACUCGCGCCCACUUCCCGCUACCAAUGUGACUUUUACAGCACCCUUGAUGACUCGCUCAUAUUUUCUACCAGCGUGCGGACUUUGCAGUCUUCCACUCCCGACCUCUCGGUCAGCCUCUCGCCUGGUCCCCACAUCACCGGUCGUCCUGGCUCGCCUACGUCAACAUUAAAAGCUUCUGUUAUCACACAAGAACACAAGCUGGCCGAAGAAAAGAGAGCUCUCAAGUCAAACCGGGCCGUCCAAAGAAAGAACAUCGCUCUACUACGCAGGGAAAUCGACAAGCUUAGUGCCAGCGUACAAUCUACUCCGAACGAGGACAAGCAGAGACAGAAGAUUCAACAGAGCACUGUAAAUCGGGCUCAGGCAGAGGAAAGGACCCAGGAACUCGAGAAAGAGAUCGAAAGCUUCCAAGCAGUCCCGACUGACGACACCGCUCGCUAUUCUUCUGCAAAGGCCGAGAUCCAAUCUCAGCGUGAAAAGCACAAGCUGGCCCGUUCUGAAUUUCACGCUGCUAAGCAAGCCGCAGAGCGCGAGAUCGAAGAGCGUAAGAACGAUUUGAGCAGUCUUCAGCACAAAAGCGAGACGAAGCAGCUACGCCUCACAUUCCUCAAUGGCAGACAUGAAAAUCUGACAGAUGCCAAUGCAAAGGGUCUUGACGAAGCUCAGAGGAAGGAACGCGAGCGUGAAUCGAAGAGGCUGAACCGACAGAAGAUCCACGAGUUCUACACCAGCCGUGAUCAAGACCUCAAUCUCCAGAUUCAAGAUGGAACCGCCGCUCUCCACGCAGUUGGUGGCGCUAUUGAGACUCUCUCGCAAGUCCAGCAUCAGGCCAUGUAUCAGCCAAAUCAGAGUCCCGAUGCCAGCUCUCAGAAUCUUCUCGCCACCGGUUUUCCUCCGGACUUCGUACCUGAAAGCGGUGGCAUGAACGCUGGUGCCUAUCCUUGGAACCCACCAGCCCCUGCUCUCUUCUCUUCAGCUAUCCACCAAACCAUCCCAGCCACAGCAGGACCCUCCUAUUCUCCGCACGGGAACAGGACUCGAGGUCGUAGCUCCAGCAUGCUUAGCAACGUAUCCGGAUUCACACAGUCAAGCAGCGAGGGUCCGGGCGGAUCCAGUGCCUUCUAUCAUGGAAUGGGCAAGCACACGAUGUGGUCUGAUGCGAGGGAGGAGCGGAAGGGAAGUAGCGCCAGCGGUAGUGGCAGUGGAUCUGGCAGUCUGUCUGAUCCGAAAAGCCCGACUGUGAGCAGUCUCAGAGCGACGAAAUGGUAGCGUAACCUGCCUGUCUGCCUUGUUUGUUGAUUUUGUGUUUCGCGUACCAAAAAUGACGAAAUGCUGUUUUGUUUAUCCCUGGUCCCACUUCUGUCAAUUUGACUUUGACUUUGACUUUGUGACGUGCUUAAUGUUGAUUUUCAAUUCGUAAAUUGAAACAUUGGUACUGACGUGCAUUUACCUCAUUCUUCAGCUGCUUGAAUCUGUGGGAUAUCUUUGUGACUUGAGUAAAGGUUUACAAGUCGAGAUUGGAACCCAAAUGCCGGGAGAGAAGCAAUUCAUCAACCAACUAGAAACCAUCUCCUCCCUAGACUCCAUCCAGACAGGUGAAUAGAUAGGCAUUAUAUUGCAUCUGUAUUUGGCGCACUAUCCAACCUGCAGGUACAGCCGUCCAGAUGCAACCAUACCAUACCAACAGCCUCGGGUCUGACUCCGGCGCUUCCCAUCAUUAUUAUCCAUAUUACCUGCGCCCCCUUGCCUCACUCAAAGUAACUCGAUCGAUAAACGAGACUUACACAACCGAAACCGAAACCAACAACGCACAGCACAGCACAGCACAUCAUCCCUACUAACGCGCUUUUUUUUUGGAUACCGCAUCGGAUACCGAUGCAAUGCACUAACUUACAGUACAGUGUCGUAUCGUAUCGAUAAGAAGAAAAAAUCCUGGGAAGUAGCGAGAGGAGAGGAGAGGAGAGAAGAUCUACAUCUGGGAUUUAGAUUAAUUGGCGUGGAUGGCUGCUUUGAUACGGAUGGGGCUUUUUGUUGCAUGUCGAGGGCUUUCAGCCCCCAAAAUGAGGAUAGGAUAGGAAAUGGGAAGGCAGUCAGUGGGAAUGUAUGGGGACGGGAGAUGAAGUCGGGACGGGGAGUGAGUUGCCGGUUUUAGCGAGGGACAACCAGAGUGCAAUGUUUUUUGUUUUGCCCUGCUUUCUCAUCUCUAGGUAGGGUCCGGAUCAGUCAUGGUAGUUUUAAGAAGUUACUGUCUCACUUGGUUUGAAUGUUCUUGUGAUUUUGGAGGUUCGGUUGAGAAUAGUGCAGAUAUUAGCUCAAGGAGAUAAAGUGCAACGGGGAGUCUGUUGCUUGACAGCCCGUCCUGCUUGAUGAGCGGCCUCUAUCUCUGAAUGUUGUGUAUCUGCCUCUCAUAUGGAGAGGAUGAUGCUGAGGCGAUACUAUGAUUUCCGGUUUGGUUUGUCGAAGAUGUAAACUUCGUUCGGCGGAGGAUCUUGUGCAAGAUGCACGAUCGGUCGUUCACAUACGUCUUUAACACACUUGCUGCUUUCUAGAUAUUCUUGUAUAUCAUGAUGCGAAAGGCCGAAACUUUGAAUCUUGGGAAUCCACCUACAAAGAGUCCGGGG